CGCAGCCCGGCGGGGCGGGGCGGGGCGGCCGGGCCCGGAACGGAGUCCGGGUUUGUUGUUUUUUGUUUGUUUUUUUUUUUUUUUUUUGCCCCAGCGGCUCCUCAGUCCUCCUUUAGCCGCGCCGCCGCCAUGUCCAGCCCUCAGGAGCAGCCGCAGCACAACAACAACAACAACCCGCCGGCGGACGGGACGCACGGCGAGCCCGGCCUCAACAGUUCCUGGGUGGAGCUGCAGAUGAACGGCAACGGCAACGACAACAGCAACGGCAAGAACGGGGGCCUGGAGCAUGUCCCCUCCUCCUCCUCCAUCCACAAUGGGGACAUGGAAAAAAUCCUCCUGGAUGCACAGCACGAGUCAGGACAGAGCAGUUCAAGAGGUAGUUCCCACUGUGACAGCCCGUCACCUCAAGAUGAUGGACAGAUAACUUUUGAUGUGGAAAUGCACACAAGUAAAGACAGUACUUCUCAGUCCGAAGAAGAAGCAGUAGAAGGAGAGAAAGAAUUGGAGGUGAUGAAGAAAACUGCAGACUGGGUGUCAGACUGGUCAAGUAGGCCUGAAAACAUUCCUCCCAAGGAGUUCCAUUUCAGACAUCCGAAACGUUCAGUGUCUCUAAGUAUGAGAAAAAGUGGAGCAAUGAAAAAAGGUGGCAUUUUCUCUGCAGAAUUUCUUAAGGUUUUCAUUCCAUCUCUGUUCAUAUCUCAUGUUUUGGCUCUGGGACUAGGCAUCUACAUUGGGAAACGCCUGACCACACCUUCAGCCAGCACUUACUGAGCCUGGGGAGUGCAGCCUGUUCCCCACGUGUGAAGGUGUUACUGUCUCAUUUAGUACAUUUGACUUGAGACCAUUUUAAGCAUGACCCUGACUUCACCCUUUCCUUCCAUAUCCAGGUUUUUUGCUAACUCUGGAAUUCAGUAUUGUGUUGGAACUCUGUUGAGGUGUUUGGCUAUCCACAUUCUUUCCCUCUCUCCCAUUCCCCUGCCUCUUGGCCUGCAAGACACGUCAGAGUUGCUGGAUGGAGUUUACAACUGUCUCUAUGUUGCAAGGGCUUCUCUCAAUGCAAAAUGCCACCAGCAAGUUUAAUUUUAUCAGUGAUGCUGUUGCCUCCUUAGUGCAACCUGACUUCAGUUGCAGUUGUGCAUGGUCUGAGUGUUGACUGCAUGGGGGUGAUAAAACAGUCUUGGAAGGAAAUUACUGAUUGAAGUGGGAAGGAGUUUUUCUUUUGUAAAAAAGAAGCUGGUUAUGGAAUAAACUAAGAAAUCACUGGCAAUAAAGAUCCAGUUUAAAUCAGCUUUUGGGGGGAAUUUACUCGGCCCCUUGUAUUGGCUAAUAAAAACCUUUUGAAUUGCAGGAGGCAAAGACUGCUUAAAUUUUAAAGCAGGAUGACUAAAUCCAUCAGCAUAUUUUAAUACUAGGUAACUGUUGUAAUUUUGUCUUUUCUAUGAAGUCAGCUCCUUAUUCCUUGUAGGAAAACCUGUCUGAUACCUAGGAAAUAUUAGAAAAAUUGCAUUGUUUGCAUGUGAAGAAGCUUUUUUUUUUUCUUUACCUGUUUUCUUAAGGGAAAAUUUUCAAUGUGAAAUUUUCCUUUUCAAAGUAGUUCUAAAUUAAGGAAAAACCCAGCAGCUGUAGUGUAGGUAGGCUCUGUGUAAAAGGAAAUUAUUCUGUUUGUUGUGGACCCAUUUACAGCUCUGAAGAUCCGGCAGUUUGAGCAGGAAAAGCGUUUGACUCAUCCUUAAGGGGGACAAUCUUGCAGGUGCAUAAAAGUUCAGAAGUUGUAAAAGCUCUGAAAUGUCUUCUGCAAAUGAAUUUUCAAUAUUCCUCUCUCUCAUUGUUUACUGUACAAUCUCCUUUUUGGGGAUACUUGGAACCUGAAAGUCACUUGUGAUGUCUCAUGUUAGGGUAGAUUUCUCACUGAUGUUGUUGAACUUUUAUCUUAGGGAACAUAAAGCCUUGUCCUCCUUCAGUGACACUUCUUUUCAAAAUGUGAAGCUUUAGUACCAAAUUGUUACAAAGCAUUGGGACAGUCUUGUCCUUAAAUAGAUUUUAUUGGAUUUCAGAACAUGUAGCAUGAACUCUGAAGGAUAGAAUACCCUUUACAUAUAUAUAUAUAUAUAUAUAUAUAUUUAUAUUUAUAUAUAUGUAUAUAUAUGAAAAUAUGUUAUAGACUUUAAUACUAAGUAUUUAGGGAACCAUUGCUCAUUUUUAGACUAGCAAAAAUCUCAUUUAAAUAAAAACUUUAGUUGGUGGACUUGUAGAAAAUAAGAAAAUCUAGUCAGCCAUUUGGAGAAAAUGGCUACCUAUAAUUUUUUGCUUGCAUCAGACUUUAUAAAGUUGAUUAUUUGAUAGAGCAGUGAUUGCUUGAACGAAUUGAUGCAUAAAUCCCAGCUGAGAUUUGGGUUAAAAAAAAAAACUUCAGUUAGCUCCCAGGAAGUGAAAAAGUUAAGUAUGAAUCCACUGCUUAACUGUAUUUAUUUUCAUUCUCUACUUCUGAAUACUGUCAGAGAAUGCUUUCAGGGUGAACAACAAAUCCUCUUGAGUAAUCUGCUUUUUUUUUCUGUAGUUGUGAAUACUUAGUGGCACUCGAGCUGCCCACAAGUGCAGGUCUGUUUUGGGUGUGGAGAUUGGGUUUCACCCAGAGGUGGGGACGGGCAGGGGAACGUGGUGAGGGCAUUUUAGAGAGCAUCAAAUACUUCAUUUUACAGCCCUAAAAUCUGAGAUGGGAGAAAGGCUGGACCACUUUCACUUCUAACACAGCACCUUGUUUUGUAUGAAACUGGAGUAGUGGAAAAAGAGAUAUUUACUAAGUAGGCAGUACUUUUUAAAGAGGAAAGCCCAGUAAAUGACACUUUUCUAAAUUAAAAGGUAAUUCUUCAGAAUAUCUGAUAAAUAAGCUUGUGGCUGGAGUAUCAAGACCACUAAUGCCAUUUGGAGUAAAAGCUGUGAAAGCCAGAGCUGAGGAAUGCCCCGUGGUCACUGUAACACUGGCUGGGAUAAAUGCAGUAUUUAUUGAGACCCUGUUCUAAGCUUUGGGGGAAAAUCUGCAACUUCCACUUUUACAAUGAACAGAAACAGAGUGUUGUACCAUUCACAGAGGGGUUUCAAUUCUUGAGAGUUGAAGUUUUGUCAAGAUAAAUGUUGUUUAAAAAGCUUUAUACCUGUUUACAGUUUUGGAAAAAAAAAAAAUAGGCUUCAUUUUUCUUACGUUCAGUGAAAACUGGCCUAGAUUUGUAAAUAGGAUCAAGAAAAAAUGCAUAAACUCGCACAUUAAAGAUGCAGGCUGACCUAACUGCAGCAAAUGCAUAUUUACUUACUGUUUUCAAAAGUGAAAGCUGAAGAUUGUUAGAAAUUCAAGUUUUUAGUUGACAUUCGUUGAAAUAUUGGAAUUAACUGAGCCAAAGUGAUUAUGCAUUCUUCAUAAAUUAGUUAGCACUUUGUAACAUUAUAUACAGUUUACAUGUAUAAGUUGUAGCUUAUAAACAUUUUGUGCCAUUAAAGCUCUCACAAAAUUGGUUGUCUGAAAUUACUUCAUGCUGCGCCUUUCUUUUGUCUUUCCUCUAUUUCCCUUUUUUUACAGGUCUGCUUUUUAAGUUGUUUUAUGGAACUGUUUUGUUCUGGGUGAUACAAACACUGAAGCUGCUGUUUAUAAACUGGAAUAAUUUUUUUUGAAAGAUUGCUUGGGUUUAUUUUUGUUUUGUUUUUUUUAGUGACUUGGGAUCAUCCACUUCAUUUCCUGAAGCAUUAAUAAAAAUAUUUCCCCUAUUUGGCCUUGUGUAACUUUUCCAAGUCCUCCAGCAGCUUGUCCAGGGAAAACUCUGGAAGGAAAAUAAUGUGGUGGCAAUAUUAAAUGCAAAGUAGAAUUGCUGAGAUUUUGUGUGCUUGGUCAACUCUGUUGUAUUCCUUGUAUUUCUCUUCUGUUUCCUAAUUGUGUUUAAUUUGCAGAUUAAAGAGUAAGGGACAUAAACCCUAA